AAACAUGGAUUCAACAUUUGUGUUGGAACUUUCGACUUUCUAGAAAACAGUGGAAAACAGGUAUCGUACUCAACAUCGAAACAUAUAUAAUGUUGGAGUUUCAUCUCUAUAGAAGUACUCUGUCUGGACUAGUAUACUAUAGUGUACAAAUUGGCCAAAAUAUAACAAUGCGUAGAAGUGACUAAAACUUACGAUCGUUAGUUACUAUUUACCUUUUUUCCAGAGGUAUACAUUUUAUGAUUUCAAUCAUAGUAGCAUAAAAGUGAGAACAUGAUACAUCUGCAAACACGUAUACUUUUACGCAUAUUGCGUGAAAGAAUUGGUGAAAUCAGAAAUUAUUGUUCUCGAGAUAGUUUUGAGAAAGUGUGCUUCGACCGUUAUGAAAACAAACGUUUUAAAUCGGCAAAUGACAUUUUUGGAGGUUGCACAAUCGCUGAAUUUAGUGACACGGAGAAAAAUACUCCUCCUGUAAAGAACAGUGUAAAUAAUGAAAAUAGUGCUGUCAAUGAUGAAGAGAAAGCGCUAUCAAAUGUGUUGAAUAUCUGGGAUGAUAAUGUUCCUAAAACUAAAUUCAAUAAGAAACCAAUAAAAUUAUUAAGUGAAAUCAAAAGUCCACAAGCUUUUACAUUGACAUACCAAAAGAUAGAUAAUGUUAAUAAUGGUUUACCAGGCCCUCUGGAUCUCUGCACUGAAGAUCUUUCUCAUGUUGGACCUUACAUGACUCCAACUUUCAAUUUUGCAAAAUUUGCUGAUAAAUCUGAUACAAUUCAAAAACUGGUUGAAUUAGGAGUGAAGUUAUACAAAUUAGAAGAAGACAAGGCUGUAGUAGAAAUGAUCAUGAGCUUAGAUUUUGAUAGAGACAUAAAACCAUAUAUAAGAUUUUUGAAUGAUUGUGGCGUGCAGGCAGAAAACCUUGGUCAUUUUAUCACUAAUUAUCCUAAAAUUUUCAAAGAGGAUAUGGACUCUCUUUAUACAAGAAUUAGAUAUUUAAGAGCUCAUCGUUUUACUCCUGAGAUGGUAGGAGUAAUAGUCAACAGAAAUCCUUUAUGGCUAUCGUUCUCAGUGAAAGAAAUAGACAGCAAAUUAAGUUAUUUUCAACAUAAUUUCAAACUGACAGGUUCUAACAUAAGAAAAUUAACUGUAAAACACCCUCGUCUUAUAACAUACAACAUGCAACAUAUAAGAGAAAAUACUUUCGCCGUAAAAGAGGAAAUGGGCUUUAGUAAAGAUGAAACAAAGCAUAUUUUGCUUACAGCACCUCGUGUGUGGACUUCUGCCAGGAGCAGGAUAGUAGACACUUUUGAUUAUGCUCAUAAUGAAAUGAAAUUAUCACAUGAGACUAUAUCUAAGCAACCACUGGUAUUAACGUGUAGAGCAAUAAGGCUCAAGCAACGGCAUAAAUUUCUAGAAGAAUUAAAGAGGAACCAGUACGAUCCUACAAAACCAUUGUAUGUGUCAUUAAUGGAUCUGAUUAAUGGCACUGACAUUGAAUUUUGUACAAAUGUAGCAAAAUCUUCUAUCCACUUGUAUAAUAUGUUUCUAAAGACAUUAUAAGUUGUAUAUUUCAAUAAAUAUGUACAUUGAUAA